AUGUACAAUACCGGGCUGACGGUAGAGCGAGUGCCCGUGGCGCACAGCAAUGAGGACUCGCAGAGCAUGGCGGUCUCGGAUGCGACCACAUGCACAGAGCCUGGGGACACUGACAAGACAGACAAAGCUCAUGGUUCUGCUACAGCAUCCGAUUCCGCGCAGCCAAAUGAGAAGUCCACUACCGGUCCUGGCCGAACAUCCGAGAAGAGGGUGGUAUCGCCCGACGGAAGGAUCGUCCUCACGGAACCGGAGGCCUACGGUAGCCUUGGCUUCAGCUUCCCGACGUGGAAGAAGUGGUGGAUUCUCUCUGUCAUCUUCGCAAUCCAGUGCUCCAUGAACCUCAACACGUCACUAUAUGCGAACGUUGUUCCGCUGCUGAGCGAGCAGUUUCGCAUCAGCGAACAGGCAGCUCGGGUUGGUCAAAUGAUAUUCCUGGUCGCGUAUGCUUUGGGUAACGAGCUAUGGGCACCUUGGUCCGAAGAGUUAGGUCGCUGGCCGAUUCUCCAGCUGAGCUUGUUUCUGGUCAAUAUUUGGCAGCUCCCUUGUGCAUUGGCUCCCAACUAUGGGACGAUCGUUGUGGCAAGAUUCCUCGGUGGUAUCUCUUCGGCUGGAGGCUCCGUGACUCUCGGCAUGGUGGCCGAUAUGUGGACGGCAGAAGAGCAACAGUUCGCAGUCGCGUUCAUCGUCUUCUCCUCAGUCGGCGGCUCCGUUAUAGGCCCCAUCUUCGGAGGUCUCAUCGAGGCCAAUCUUUCAUGGCAUUGGAACUUCUGGAUCCAGCUCAUCGUCGGCGGCGUCGUCCAGGCCGUACACUUCUUCUUCGUCCCGGAGACGUGCGCCAAGGUCUUGCUCGACCGCGAAGCCAAGCGUCGCCGAGACGCCGGCGAAGAGAUCGUGUACGGUCCGUCCGAAGUCGAAGAGAACCGAUUCGCGCCGCGGAAGAUACUCAUGAUCUGGAUACGCCCGUUCCACAUGUUCCUGUGCGAGCCGAUCGUCCUGUUUCUGUCGCUCCUGAGUGGCUUCAGCGACGCGCUCAUCUUCACGUUCCUCGAGUCGUUCGGCCCGGUCUUCAAGCAGUGGGGCUUUACCACCGAGACGAUGGGCGCAGCCUUCGUAUCUAUCGCGGUUGGAUAUGUGAUCGCAUACAUCUCAUUUAUCCCGUGGAUAUGGAAGCAACGUAAACAGCUCAGGAAGGACCCGCACUCUUUGCAGCCUGAGGCCCGUCUUUGGUGGCUCCUCUUCACUGUACCUCUGGAGCCACUUGGGCUAUUCGGGUUCGCGUGGACGAGUCUCGGCCCGCCACACACACCCUGGAUCGCGCCGAUGAUCUUCGCAGCGAUGAUUGCUAUUGCGAACUUUUCGAUCUACAUGGCUACUAUCGACUACAUGAUCCAGGCUUAUGGCCCAUACGCCGCAUCGGCGACAGGCGGGAACGGCUUCGCGCGGGACUUCCUCGCCGGGAUCGCAGCCCUCUAUGCCACCCCUCUGUACACCAACCUUGGUUCUCACUCCCUCGAGUGGGCAUCGACGCUCCUCGGCUUCCUCGCGAUCCUCGUCGCCAUCCCGGUGUACAUAUUCUACUGGAAGGGCCCGCAAAUCAGGGCGCGCUCCCGGUUCGCGCAGGAGCUCGUGCAUAGGGCAGAGCGGGUGGGGCAGGAGGAACAUAACAUGGGUGUAAGAGCUGGGAACGCUUGAUAUGUUCGACAUCUGGCCGUUGACAUUCAGACUUACAUCUAUCGCGCGUACUAGUCUUGCGAACGAUUUCCUCAGCAAUAUUUAGUUGAAUACCAUUGACUUAUUCUUUACCUCACAAAUACA